AUGAGAGUUAUAUUUGAUGAAUCUUUACAUGAAAAGAUUAUGGAAUGUGCUUCUAUCAAAAUUUUUGAGAAUGAUGGCCUAUCAAAUUUAAUAUGCAAAGACUGUAUUAACAACGCUAACAGAGCAUAUAUAUUUAAAAAACAAUGUGAAGAAGCUGAUCAAAAUUUGAGAAAAUCCUUACUGAUAACAAAUAUUGAUUUAAAAGUUGAUAUAAAAGAAGAAGAUGAUGAACAGGAUAUUGAUUUUGAAUCAUUUGAAAAUGAUAAUCAUGAACCUGAUAUCUUUAUUAAAAAUGAGGGAAAAGCUGAAAGAUCUACACGGGAGGAUAUUAGCAUGGAAUUAUUUAAAAAUCAAAACAAUCCUAAAUUAAAGAGAAUUCGCAAGGGUCAAAAUAAACAUAAAAUUAGGAAAAAAAUUUUGAAAGAAGAAGUACUUGAUAGCAAAAUAGAUACAAAUGGUGAUUUAAGCAAGGAAAUGAUAAAUGAAUCUAAAAAUGAGAGUAAUCUAGAUACCGAUCAGGAUGAUACAACUUGUUGGGUGUGUAAUAGGACAUUUCCAGAUUUAAAACAUUUAAAAAUACACAAAAGAGUACAUAAACCAAAAAAUCAUAAAUGCGACAUAUGCAAUAGAACGUUUUAUGGGCCUGCAGAUUUAAAACAUCAUAUACGCACACAUACCGGUGAAAAACCAUUACAGUGUACUGAAUGUGAGAAGAAAUUUUCAGACCCACGUGGUUUAAAGAGCCAUAUGAAAAUUCAUACAGGUGAAAAACCAUACGAAUGUGAUAUUUGUAAGAAACGAUUUAGAUUUUCAUAUGUCUUAAAAACACAUCGGAAUACGCAUUCAAUUCCACGGCCAUACGUUUGUGCUACAUGUGGGAAAACUUUUAUUUAUUCACAUAAUUUACAAAUUCAUAUGCGUGGUGCGCAUACCGGCGAACGGCCGUAUGCUUGUACAACAAAUGGAUGUAGUAAGCGAUUUACGUCUGGCGCUGCAUUGUAUGCGCAUAUGAUCACGCAUACAGGUGAAAAACGAUUUGUUUGUACUGAAUGCGGAUUAAAAGUUGCAAGAAAAGGAGAUUUAGCAGUACACAUGCGUAUACAUACGGGUGAAAAACCGUAUCAUUGUACACUAUGCCCAAAGAAAUAUUCUAGAUCAAAUCACUUACAAGAACAUAUGAAAAGGCACACAGGAGAAAAAAAUUAUAGCUGUAAUAAAUGUGAUGAAUCAUUUUCUGUGGAGAGAUUUUUGAAAAGACAUAUGAAAAAACAUUAAAAUGUAGUUUAAAAAAACAUAAUUCAUGAUAAAAAAUUUUUAUUGGUAUGUCAUUGUACAAUUAGAGGUCACUGUUUUAUAUCGCCACUAUUAAAGCGUGAGCCCACAAUGAAGCGAAAUAUUCAUGAUUCUCUGUGUCUACUUUUUUCAUUCUUUUUGAAGAAUGAUAAAAAACUCGACUUACAUAAAUUCGACACACAAACCACGGUUAAAAACUUCACUUUCUUUAUUAUCAAACUUACAUAUAUCAAACUUUAAAAUGCAAACUAGAAGAAUCAUGCAAAAUUCGCCUUAUUAUGAGCUCACGGUAUAUAUGGUAAAUCUAAUACUACCAGUAAUUAAAUAACUAUAAUUAAUAAAUCUUUGAAGAGGUUGUUAUUAUUUUUUGAUGAAUAAAUAUUAAAUUUAAUCAUAUACUGGCAUAUCCAAUAAAUAUUCUAUCGAUAGUCGGAAAAGUAGACUUGGAAAAAAUAGACCGAAAAUUGUAUAGACUAGCAGUAUUGUUGUAAUUACGAGUUGGUUGGGUUAAGUAUGUCGAUUAUAAGAGGAGUUGGUAAGGUUCUGAAAAUUGUAGCCCUUUAUGUUCAAA